AUGAGCAUUGAAUAUUGCAGACAGAUUGCUCAACCAGAAACCAUAAAAAUUUUGGAAAAAUUCGUGGCGGCUAUUAAGAGUGUGUCACAUUCAAAACAAAUGAAUUUAACAUUUAUUUAUGAUUGUAAAGCAGGAGGAGAUGAUUUGGAAAAGUUAGAAGAAGUAAUGAAUGAUUUAAAACAUGAAAUUAAAAAAAUUCCGGAGAUGCAAGAGGAAUUGGGUAAAUUUAAAAAUUGUUAUAAUAAUUUUAGAUAUUUCUACUUUUUAGCAAAAGGUAACACAAUUCUUUUAAUCACCAACAGCAGUGGAUACCAAGUACUUGAAGCAUUUUAUGAAAAUGUUCCAAUAUUAUCUUUGCCUUAUAUGGUAGAUCAAUUUUAUGUUGCUGAAGCCUUGAAAAUACCUCAUCAAAUAGAAAUCGAGAAUUCCGCUGAUGGUGAAAAGCCAAAAGCCGGAGGAGAUCAAAAACAUGGGCAGGACACUAAGCAUCAAUCAGGAAAUGGACGAAGCAAAUCCCCUGCUCGAGGAAGGUCCCCUGUUCGUGGAAGGUCCCCUGCUCAAUCAGGAAAUGGACGAAGCAAAUCCCCUGCCCGAGGAAGGUCCCCAGCUAAAGGCAGUUCUCAUGUUAGACCUUCAAGUUUGGACAAACAUGGCGAGAAUCAUCACUUAAUUGUUAAACAAGAAGUGGUUAGAAUUGCUCCAACAUUAAGCUUCAACAAUAUGUCAAAGAAAGUUGAAAAGAUUGGAGAUAAUGAGACUAUUGAAGACGUUGGAGAUAUUAAAGCGGUAUUGAAUGAGUUGUUGGAUGACAAGUAA